UCACCACCCGGCAUGCCCACCACAACCUCGCUGCCCGAUGGAUCUCCCCAGACCAAGUCUCGUAAACUUCCUCCGCAUAGAAAGUAUGCCAUGAAGUUCCUGACUCUGCCCAAUGAAAUACUCUUAACCAUAUCCAACGCGGUCGACCCAGAAGACCUGCCAAACUUCCGUCUCACCUGCAAGACUCUGAACGAUGUGUCUGCAAAAGCUUUCGGAGAGAAGAGGCUUGCACAUGGCCGUUUCAUAUUCACAGAGUUCAGCAUGCAGGGUCUGGUCGAUUUGACUGCUCACCCAGUCUUCGGCCCAUGUGUCAGGGAGAUCAUGUUCGGCACACAUCGCGUCACUAACAAUCUUCGUACCUUGCUGAACCACAUCGAGAUGUUAGGUAUCACUGAUAACGACAGGGCCAUGGAGGUACUGCGCUUGUUCGAUGAAAAGUGGACCAGACGCUCCGAUUUUGAGACCCGACUGCUAGAACUCAUGCUGGGCGAGGCUCUCUGCAAUCUCCAGAUGUGGGGAUCGGGUGUCAUUCUUGGAGUCUUCGAUGACAUACAGCUUGAUCCUCAGCGCAAGGCAGCACAUUUGCUCGGAGCAUAUGGCUCAGCCCUGGAGUACGCGAGUCUCCCAUUCAGGAGUAUGGUCGUAUCAGAGAACACAGCACUACAAGUCAUCCGAAACGUCUGUAGAAACGUCAACUUCCAACCAAAAUCAGUCGGUUUGUAUCUUCAUGGCGAGGAAAUU